UGUUGGUCUGUGAUCUUGGGCGGGAGGCGACGAGAAGUCCUAGGCGGGUUCCCGUGCUUGCUUUCGGGCGUUUCUGAGGGAGGCCGAUAGAGGCGAAGACUCUCCACUGCUAUCUUUUUUUAAUAUCUACUGAUCAGCCUGUUUUGGAGUGACCAUGGAAGAAAUGAGGUAGCCGCCCACGAGCGUGCUAAAAUCCUACUUCAGAUGGAUACAAAAUACAAAGAAGAUGUAUUUAGGAAGUAUGUACAGUUUCAUGAAUCCAAAUUGGAUACUUCUGAUAAGAAGCAGCGCCCAGUUAGUGAUGAGUACCUACAGGUGGCAGCUUCAGCCUUACUCUGCCUUCCCAAGAUCGAUCCCUUUUAUAGAUUCCGGUUGAUAAAGUUUUAUGAGAUAGUUGAACAUUCUCUUCGGUCCUUGAAAUCUUCAAGUUUACGUUCUCUCCGGAAUGCUUUUGGCGUGCUGGAAUCAGUUGGAGUUAAUCUUUUUCUUUACCCUUGGAAGAAGGAAUUCAAAAAUAUAAAGACCUACACAGGGCCUUUUGUUUAUUAUGUGAAGUCUACAAUACUUGAUGAGGAUAUAAGGCAGAUCCUGAACUUAAUGGGAUAUAUCCAAGAACUUGGAACGGCAUAUAAGCUCAAAGACCUAGUUGACACCCUCCAGGUGAAGUUGGUAUCGUUUGAACUGUACUUGGCCAAAAUAGAGUGUGAACAGUUGAUUGAAAUUCAUUUGCAAGUGAAGGAUAAAGGAUAUUUGGAGCUCGACGUUAUAAAUGAGAGAAAAAAUAGCAGUGAUGAUGUUCGCGGUUGCUCAGAUGCCUUGAAGCGUCGUGCAGAAUGCAAAGAUAACCUGAACACUUCCAUGUCACGGAUGGUGCUUCAGAAAUCUGCUAGUGAAAGAGGUUCUAAAGAUUACUUCAAACCCAAAGUUACCAAACCUUCUAAAUCAGUGGAUGCAUAUGAUAGUUACUUGGAAAAUAAAAAACCUCCCUUGAUGACUUCCUUGAGUCUCAGAAAAGAACCCAUUUUGGUCGAUCCGGAAGAUGAUAUCAAAGAUGAAAUAAUCCGUCCAUCGCCCUCUCUCCUUGCCAUGUCAAGUUCUCCACGUGGCUGUUCUGAUGAAUAUUUGCCGGUGUCAUCCCAUGCGAAUGGCAUACUAAGAACGGGUGUUCCAUACAGUACCUAUUAUUCCCCUCAAGAUGAUUUAGAUUUGUAUACUGACCCCGAUUCUAGAAGCAUGUUGAACUUCAAGAGGCAGGAAUCCACUAAACAUGACAUAUGGCUGCUGAAAAAUGAUGCCAACCCUAAUUACCAUAAACGUACGCAUCUAGCCAAAGAGACCACUCCCCUUAAGUGCCAAAGCUGUGGAUUAUCUUGCGGCACCUCUGUUUGCCAAAAGUGUGACAGUUUGCUCAUCUGUAGGCAGGAAUAUCCAGCGAUGAAGCAGAGCAGCUAUUCCCUCAAAACUGUUUCCGGCGAAAGCAUGCCAUCUGGGUCUGCUGCACGGGAAAAGCCUCAAUACACAUUACAGACUCAAGAACGAGCCCCUCAAUUUGCUUCCAAAUCCAAGCCUUCAGGCGCUUCCCGCUGUGGCUUUUGCAACCGGUCAGGAGCUGCAAACACAUGCACUUUUUGUUCAAAAGUCUCCUGUGACACUUGCCUCAAUGUUUAUUAUUAUGAUCCCUGCUGUCGAAAGAGUGAGCUUCACAAGUUCUUGCCAAACAAUCAGUUAAACUAUAAAUCAAACCAGCUGUCACACUUGGUUUAUAGAUAGAUUUUUAUUUUUUAGAAACUAUAUAUUGGGACAAAAGGGCUAAAAAUACAAACAUGCUGAUGUUGCUGGUAAGAAAUAUCGUCCUACUGACCUCUUGUUAGGAGAAAAGACAGACAUGCCCUAGUAUUAGACAAACAUAUCUCAGUGUAGGUGCCAGUUCUCGAUGCGACUUUACAAAUGUUGUCUAAACAAUAGAUUCUGCUGCUGCUCUUAACUGAAUGCUGCUCUUUUUCCAUGUAGAUGGGAAAGAGGAGCACUCCCCCCCCCUUUUCAGGAACAGGCAGGCAUUGCACUUCAGUUUCUUUUUCCCCCCUAAAGAGACAUUGCACUUCUGUGUUGCAUCGCUGUCACUGCCUCAUCCCAUAAUCCAGCCUCAGAGCAGUAACAAAGAAAAUAAGAACAGCAUUUUCGGUGGCUUGUGGAAUCCUCUGCUUGGGCAGUUCACACAAAAUAUUCAUGAACUUCAGGGGGAGGGGGUUGCCAAAAAAGAUGGGAGUGGUGGUGUGUGUGUGUUUUGUUUUGGGAGAGUUCAGAUGCAUUUCCUGAGCUUCAAAAGGCAAAUUGUCGUGGGAAUCUCAUCAUCUUGUUUUCCCCCCAUCCCAUUUCCAGGAUAGCAGUUAAAAGCAAAAUUGAAACCUAGUAUUUAAGUGUUGCCAAUACACCUUUCUUGUCUUUACUGUUCUUAAUAAGUGAAUCUGUGUAUGUUACAUUAUGCCCAGAGUGUUGUCUUUCCCAAUGAGUCCUGAUUGUAUUUUACAUUCUGUUACUUGUGUAUCGAGUCCCAUUCUUUCUACUGUAAAUAGAUGAUUUGGAAGCAAUUUAUAUUUUAAUAAAUAUUUAGUAUGUUGUGUUUUUCUAAGAGAAAAAUGCUGAAAUCCUGUGACAGAAGUCUCUGGGUUAUUUCUUCAGGUAAUAUUCCCCACCCCCACUCCCUGUACUCCCUACAGCUUUUAAAGGCUAUUAUUGUAGACUGGUGUCCCUUGAAAUCCAUGGUUUUUUUCUCUCCUUUCAUUUGGUUUGAAAUUCUGUUUCUGAUGUUCAGUAUCAAGCAAUUUCAUCCCAGCCCUUCCAUAGCUUUUGGAGAAAUAUUGAAUUCUGUCUCAACAAGGAAUAGAAGAGUUGGCCGUAUAUACAUGCCAACUCACAUUCAUGCUUGUGGGGAAGAAUUAGUGAAAAUACAUGUCUUCACUCCAUGGCAAAUCUGUAGCAUUGUUUUGUGGUAAUAGAUCAAAAAAGAGGGCUUGUGCCAUUCCCGGUCCUGUAAAAUUUCUCAGCUGUGCAGUUGGAGCUGCAUGUUGAAUUUGGUCUUAUUCCCAAAAGGUUGCCAGUGUCGUCCUUACAGUUCAUUCCUUAUGUAGAAUAGUUAGGUCAUUUCAUUGAACUCUGAACUUUGUGCCAGAUUUACACUUUUGACCCUAAAACUGUACAUUUUGUGAGCAUGGUUGUAGAUUUUAGGACUUCUACGAAUCAGUGUCCUUUCAUCUUUCAUGUGGCAAACAAACAUAAAUGGUUAUUUUUUAAAGUGUGUUUUUUGUGACACGGGGUGGUGGGAGAGUCUGGCAUGGGGAGGAAUAGGAUCAUGCCAAUUUAAUGAGCAUUGUAAAUUUGCUGAAAUACUUUGGCUGUGGAUGAGUAUGGAAUGUACAGCUUCAAAAAUGUUUUAUGGAAUGCUGCCAGCAGCAAACUAAUAGCGAGGAGAUGUGUGACCAGGAAUGGUAUAAAUGGAAUGAUUGCUAUGGCACCUUGAAUCUUUUUUUUUUUUUUUACAGGCAAGUAUUACUUUGCUGUCCAGGAAGGUUAGGGGAAAUUGUCGUGCAAGUGAACGAUUAAGGUUUUCUAAAUCUUAGAAGGAUUCUUUUUUUAUAAAUAUAUAUAAGUAUAUUUGUAGAUAGAUACAAUAUGUAUAUAAUGCCAAAUUUAAAAUUUUUCUAUUUCUAAAACAGGUUGUAGAGUUCCUUUUGAUGUAUUCUGUUUCUGUUCAGCCUCAUGCCUGUCUUUCUUUGGCUGCUAUACUGUGUAGCUUCUAGCUCUUUCUUGUUCCAGUUCCAUAUUGCUACUCACAUGACACUAAAUGAACAAAAACUGUGAUGCCACGUAAUUUAUAUGGUGAACAUAACAGGGACUAAUUAAUUUGCUUUUUUUUUUAAAAAAGGAAGCAGUCCUAUGUACAUAUCUGUCAUGGAAUUCCUGUAGUACAGAACAGUGUUAAAUUGCAAGUGAUACCAUGCUAUAUAUUUUUAUGUGUAUCUUACUGUAUGAAGUUGCUGUGAUUGAGACAGUAAAAUAUAUACUAAUUUAAAAUG